AAAAACACACACACUUAUUUAUAGUAUAAAGCAAUGAAAAUCGCGCUUAAACUAUAGCUUUUUCACAAGAGUCAUAAAAGUAUGAAAAGGGACCAAAGACCCUUUUAUAUUGUGAAUUAAUUUGUGGAUUCCAGUGGAUAAGCUGAAAAAAGAAUGAGUACCUUUACUACUUCAUCUUUUUCUCUUUUGCUUCUCCUCUUCCUAUUCUCUUCUUUGCAUAUUCCAACGCAGGCGGCCAAAAAGUCUUAUGUAGUGUACUUGCGGAGGAAUUCUCAUGGACCUGAAGCUUCUUUUGCGUUGGAUAUCAGUAGGAAGACUGAGUCCUACUAUGAGUUAUUGGGUUCUUGCAUGGAAAGCAAGGAGAAGGCAAAAGAAGCAAUAUUCUAUACCUACUCCAGUUAUAUCAAUGGCUUUGCUGCAAUACUUGAAGAUGAAGAAGUUGAUGAAAUCUCAAAGCGGCCAGAAGUGGCAUCAGUUUCUCCUAAUGAAGCGAGUGAACUGCAUACGACAAGAUCAUGGGAGUUUCUUGGACUAGAGAGAAAUGGACAAAUUCCACCUGAAUCUAUCUGGGUUAAGGCAAGAUUUGGUGAAGAUGUAAUUAUUGGAAAUCUUGACACUGGCGUCUGGCCGGAGUCAGAAAGCUUCAGUGAUGAAGGAAUGGGGCCUAUUCCAUCAAAGUGGAAAGGAUAUUGUGAUACAAAUGAUGGAGUUAGAUGUAACAGGAAGCUGAUUGGUGCGAGAUACUUCAACAAGGGAUACCAAGCUGCUCUAGGCCAUCCACUUGAUUCAUCCUACAACACUGCCCGAGAUACUAAUGGUCAUGGCACCCACACUCUUGCUACGGCAGGUGGGCGCUUUGUUUCAGGAGCUAACCUCUUGGGCUCAGCUAAUGGAACUGCAAAGGGAGGGUCUCCUAAUGCCCGAGUUGCUUCCUACAAGGUUUGCUGGCCAAGUUGCCUUGACGCUGAUAUAUUGGCUGCCUUCGACGCUGCAAUUCAGGAUGGGGUUGAUAUCUUGUCAGUUUCACUUGGAAGUCGUCCUCGCCAUUAUUUUGGUCAUGGAAUUUCAGUUGGGUCUUUUCAUGCUGUUAAGAAUGGGAUUCUUGUAGUCUGCUCUGCAGGGAAUAAUGGGGAAUCAGGUGGAGGUGUUUCUAAUGUAGCUCCCUGGAUUCUCACAGUUGCAGCAAGCACAAUUGAUCGGGAUUUUCCAUCCAAUGUCAUCCUUGGAAAUAACAAGCUAUUCAAGGGCCUGAGUUUCAAUACCAAUACUUUACCUACUAGAAAGUACUAUCCCUUGGUUUAUUCUGUUGAUGCUAAAGCUGCCAACGUCUCUGCUGACAACGCACGAUUCUGUCCUCCUGAAUCCCUUGAACCAGCAAAGGUAAAAGGGAAAAUUGUGUACUGUUUAAAUGGUCUAGAGUCAGAUGUUGAGAAGAGCUGGGUGGUUGCGAAGGCUGGUGGCAUUGGGGUGAUCCUCGCUAAUCGGUAUCCUGAUGCAAAGAUCUCCCCUCAACCCCACUUUCUUCCUACUUCAGUAGUUUCUGCAGCUGAUGGCCUUUCCAUUUUAGCUUAUAUAUAUAGCACAAGGUUUCCAAUAGCUUAUAUAAGUGGUGCUACUGAAGUUGGAGAUUUGGCUGCUCCUAUCGUGGCUUCAUUUUCAUCUGCUGGACCUAAUUCAAUCAAUCCAGAGAUCCUCAAGCCUGAUGUCACUGCUCCUGGAGUCGAUAUUUUAGCUGCCUAUACAGAAGCUUCAGGGCCUUCUUCUCUAGUAACUGACCAGCGCCAUCUUCCAUUCAAUAUUAUAUCUGGCACUUCAAUGUCCUGUCCCCAUGUUUCUGGCAUUGCUGGUCUUCUCAAAAGCAUUCAUCCAGACUGGAGUCCUGCUGCAAUUAAGUCUGCAAUUAUGACCACAGCAAGAACUAGAAAUAAUGUAAGACAACCGCUUGCCACUCCUUUUCCUGACGAGUCAAGCCCAUUCAUCUAUGGUUCAGGACACAUCUGGCCAAGCCGCGCAAUGGACCCUGGCUUGGUUUACGACUUGACCACCAAAGAUUAUCUAAACUUUCUGUGCUCCAUUGGCUAUAAUGCAACUCAAAUGUCAGUGUUUGCCGAGGGACCAUACAACUGCCCAUCAAAAAACACUAGUUUGUUGGACUUAAACUAUCCAGCAAUCACUGUUCCUAAUCUCUCAGGAAAAGUCACUGUGACUCGAACCUUAAAGAAUGUGGGAACUCCAGGGUUGUAUAAAGCUCGCAUCGAUCCACCCCAAGGAAUAAAAGUUAAGGUAGAACCAAUGAGAUUGAAAUUCAACAAGACAAAUGAAGAGAGAAGUUUCAAGGUGACGCUGGAGGCUGGGAAAAAUGCGAGCCAUUUUGUUUAUGCAUUCGGCAGGCUUAUGUGGUCAGAUGGGGUGCACACCGUAAGGAGUCACAUAGCGGUGAGGAAAGAUGAAGCCACAUUUUAAACUUGAAGUUUCUUUUAUUUGCAGAAAAUAAUUUAUCGUGGAAGUAUUUUCUAUCAAAGAUGUUUCUUGAUAAUAAUUAAGCAAAUAAUUUAUUUUCUAUUAUUUGAUUA